GAGUUCCGGUGGGAUUUCCGGAAGUGCUCGGCGGCAUUGUACGGGCUCUCGGCCGCUGUCGCUUCGUGUUUAAUGUUAACUAAAUAAAACUCCGGGUUUUUUUUUUUUAUUUCCUCACAGUAAAAUAAACAGAUUGCAUGAGUCCGGGUUCGGAGCAGACUGGACUGUGUAUCGCUCUGCUCGCGGUUAUGGAGUAAACGCGCUGUUAAUGGACUUCGGUACUUUGUGAGGAGUUUUUUUGCGCUGUUGCUAAGCUAAAAUAAAAUAAUCCGCUUGCGGCGCCAUUUUCCAGCUUCAUACUUCGCGCUGAGCUCCGUCACACUGCGGCCAGGUUCGGGACCGGCUCUAGAUCCGGAGAGGUAGAGAGAGUGUGUGUGUGUGUGUGUGUGUGUGUGUGUGUGUGUGUGAGAGAGUGAGAGAGUGCGCGCCGCAGUGCUGAUUUAGAGGAUUCGCGCAGCUCCGUAAGUGACUUGGAGCCGGAAGCUUGUGUCGGUUUCGGUGUCGGUCCCGGUGUCGGUCCCGGUGUGUGUGAUGAUGAACGGGUUCAGCACGGAGGAGGAGAGUCCCGAGGGCCCGGGCCUGACCCCGCUGUUCCCCCAAAGCUGCUGCUGUCUGCUGGAAGGAGGAGAGCGCUGCGGCCGGCCCGCCGGAAACGCCUCCUUCAGCAAGAGGAUCCAGAAGAGCAUUUCUCAGAAAAAACUCAAACUGGACAUCGACAAGAGCGUCCGACAUCUCUACAUCUGUGACUUCCACAAAAACUUCAUCCAGAGCGUGCGCAACAAGCGGAAGAGAAAAACCAGCGAUGAUGGAGGGGAGUCUCCUGAUCAUGACGUUGAAGUUCCGGAGGUGGAUCUGUUCCAGCUGCAGGUGAACACAUUGCGUCGUUAUAAACGACAUUACAAAAUCCAAACCAGACCCGGACUCAACAAAGCCCAACUGGCAGAGACGGUAAGUCGCCAUUUCCGGAACAUUCCGGUGAAUGAGAAAGAAACGCUGACGUACUUUAUUUAUAUGGUGAAGAGCAGUAAGAGCCGACUGGACCAGAAAUCAGAGGGAAGUAAACAGCUGGAGUAACACUGACACCUUUCAGCCGAUACACACACACACACACACACACACACAUGUACGUCUCUCCUGGCGUACUUAAUGACUGCUUACACUUCAGCAGAUUUCAAUGUGAAUAUUAAUCUGUUUAUAUACACACACACACACACAGAAAUGAGAUCACCGCUGUGGGCGGAGCCUGUCUGACUGUUUGUCUAAUGUUAAUGACCCUGAAGUGCUUUUUGGUUCCUCAUGAUGUUAUUCCCUUGUUUCUGUGCCAAACUGAUGAGGAUGAUGGCGGCAGGAUUUCAGUGCGAUAAUCGUUCUAAUUUUUAUUAACAUUAAUAACACUUUAUUAUAACACUGAGCAGCUCUCACACUUCAGAUGGAAUCAUUAGUCGUGUCCUUCAGCUUCUUGUCACUUAGAGAACUUUUAUUUGUUCCUGAUUUAGAGCUGAAUGUCUUCUCUUCCUUUUCCUCCUCCACUUAUUAAUUAGUGUCUGUAUAACAGCUUACACAUGAUGAGAACUCGCUAAAUAUUUCUCUCCGUCUCUGAACCUCUUUCAGUGUUGUAAAAUGAACAUGUGUCUCUUCCCCCCCCCCCCCUUUUUUUUUUAUUAUUAUUAUAGACUUCUAAUUCAGGACUAAAUGGGCGGGGCUUCAGUUUUGUGUUUUUAAACUAAAAAUAAACACAUGCUACUUUAAAUGUGUGUAAUAAUGCAGUGUAACACAUCUGGACUCGCACCACACAUUACACCCUGUUACAGAUCUCUAUUAUCUGACGCUGAUGAAUUAUCCAUGAGAUCAUUACCAUAUGUAAAUUGGAGUUAAAAUGUGAUUAAAUGUUUAAUAAAAUACAA